CAACAAAACAAGUCGUAAACCACACAUGUGAAAAAAUUAUUCCUGCUGAAAUUUCUCUAAACUUUCUUAUUUCUAAAUUUCUAAAAAUCCACAACACAAAACACGAAAGAAUAAAUUGUUACAAACGACGGAGAACAAACGAAGAAAACUAAAACUCUUAAAGCUUACUCCACUAAAACCGAGUUUGACUAAAGAGGUUUCGAAAUUCCGUCCCGUAACAAAUCUUUAAGAGUUUUAUUUCAAUCAACCGAUUGACUACUUGGAUGAAUCUUUCCAUCACGGGAAGACCAAUAGAUGUCGAAUAAAGCGGCGAUCGAUCGGCAUUGUACUCUUUGCGAGCAGUCAGACAAUCCAGAGUCGAUGAUCGAAUGUGCGAGGUGUCACACCCGGUACCAUAAUUCGUGCGCCGGCAAUCAAGAUGGCACGUCAGCCACCUCUAGCCCAUACUAUUGCGAGAUGUGUGUACCCAGAAACCCCGCACCAUCCGUCUCCAUCUCUUCAUCUGCUUCCACUUCAGCUAGCGCGCGGGAGGCAAAAUUGCAGUUGCAAAUGCAAAAACUCGCUGAAGAGAAAAUGCUCCAAGAACGGAUAAUUGCUGAACGGGAGAAGACAGAAAAGGAGCGGCAGGAGAAAGCUUUACGCCUGGAGAAGGAACGGAGUGACAAGGCCAUUGCGGACAGACUAGAGCUAGAGAAGGUGUACGUGACGAGGAAGUACGAUUUGUUGCUGGCGCAAGUGGACGAAGAAGAAGAAGAACGGAGUGUGCGUAGUCGACGGAGCAGUAGGAAAAGUGCUGAUAAAGUGCAGGCCUGGAUUGACAACCAACCAGCGACCCUGAAUUCCAAAUCUGGGGAAAACAGCCCCACUGGGAUCACGUCGCAACAAAGCGGUCCAUCAAACUAUCGCCCAAUGACAGCAGCACAAAACCUACAUGAGCCACAAAAUCAAGCCAUCGAUAUUGCCAAUAUAAUCAGCGCGCCCAGAGAUCUAUCCAUCGAUACAAUGAAUCAGCUACCUAGCGGAAUGAUGGAUGUAGUUUCACCGUGCCCCAGUUUCAACCCCGAACCGACAACGAGCGCCACAGUGUAUUGUCCCUCACUCCAAUCUACCCCCUUCGUAGCGUCGCAUGCAGCAGGUAUGCGACAGGGCCAGCCUGAUGACGUCGAUGCCGACCAGAAAGAAGAUCAUCACAACCGUACCUAUCCUGUGCAGAUCGACCACUCCAUCAGCAAGGGCAAUGCAACGGAGGCCGAACAAAGUUUGUUUGUACGCUCGGGUUCGGCUCCGGUAAGUACACCAACUAGACGUGUUAGAAUGGCAACCGAUACAAAGGAAGGUAGUGCGACUUCGACAAGUGCGAUACCGUUUCAUACCGGUGUUUCAGCGGCAGUGCAUCCAGGUGUAACUGAUAGAACAGUAUAUUCCUCUCCGUUUAUUGGCAACUGUUACAACACCGGAACAUCAUCGGCUGCAGUGAUCAACUCCAGAGUAGAAGCUCCUAGGCAGCAAGAACUUCUUCCUCCGGCGAUUGGUUCGGCAUCAGUGAACCCUUCCAGAAUCAAUGUGUCUCUAGGAAUCCCUCCUGGGGCCGUCUCCGUCGCACCGUCGAAUUUGCUACAGGGCUGUAACUAUCCACCGCAUCAACAAGAGGAACAAAGCGGUCAAGAUCACUGCGUAUCCCUACCAAGCUUCGAGGCUCAACAUCUCAACUCUCCGACCGUUCAGCAGCUGGCCGCCCGGCACGUUGUCUCUAAGGAACUUCCCGCCUUUACGGGGAACCCUGCUGAAUGGCCGCUGUUUUGGAGCAGUUAUGAGACGUCGACAAGGAUAUGCGGCUACAGUGACUCGGAAAACCUCAUGAGGUUACAACGUUGCCUCAAAGGAGAAGCAAGGAAGGCGGUGACCUGUUAA